UGCUUUGACUCCAUAGACGGAAUAGUUUAGUCCGUGACAAACUAGGUGCUUUUAUUCUGAGGUCAUUAUUUACAACUUCCUGUGCUGUCCUGGCUCCCGCACGGAUUCUUGACGUAGCAGUGCGGUGCUAUGUUUUCCUUGCGGAUGUAUCUAACUCCCGCGCUUUGACGAGAUACUCAGGUAGUGAUAAGGCUGAGGUCCGCGGCGGAGCGAUCUGUGCGACGACAAAGAGAUGAGAUGUUAGCAGCAGGAGAUCUCAUUACAGAGGACGCAUGUUGUGAUCUGGUCGAAACAAAAGUAUAAGAAGCGAUAGGCCUGUCAUCCAAAACAUCGACACAUUUCCUAAAGGCCAGUUGGUAGUAGUAACUUUUAGUGGAUUUAUAGGCUACUCGCGUGGGAAAUGGAGAAGAAAAGGUGGGAUUGCACUGCUCUCCCCAAAGGCUGGAAAAUGGAAGAAGUGACCAGAAAGUCGGGUUUGUCGGCUGGAAAAAGCGAUGUCUAUUAUUUUAGUCCAUCUGGGAAGAAGUUUCGGAGCAAGCCUCAGUUGGCCCGUUACCUUGGUAACCAGAUGGACCUCAGCUCCUUUGAUUUCCGCACGGGGAAGAUGCUGAUGAGCAAGCUGAACAAGAACCGCCAGAGGUUGCGAUACGACAACAAUAACCAGAACAAGGGCAAACCUGACUUGAAUACAUCACUGCCAGUCAGACAGACGGCCUCCAUCUUUAAACAGCCUGUUACCAAGGUUACCAACCACCCCAACAACAAAGUGAAGACGGAUCCUCAGAAAGCCGUCGACCAGCCCAGGCAGCUAUUUUGGGAAAAGAAACUGAGUGGUCUUAAUGCUUAUGACACUGCAGAGGAACUUGUGAAAACAAUGGAACUCCCUAAAGGUCUGCAAGGUGUUGGUCCGGGCUGCACAGACAAGACACUCCUGUCAGCCAUUGCGAGCGCUCUCCACACCAGCGCUGCUCCCAUCACUGGCCAGCUGUCUGCAGCUGUGGAGAAGAACCCAGGAGUGUGGCUCAACACGGCACAGCCACUGUGCAAGGCCUUCAUAGUCACUGAUGAGGACAUCAGGAAACAGGAGGAGCUGGUCUACAGUGUGAGGAAGAGGCUGGAGGAGGCGCUGAUGGCUGACAUGUUGGCCCAUGUUGAGGAGGCUGCCAGUGAAGGGGAGGCUCUGAAGGAGGAGGGCAACGGCAGUGAAGAUAUGGAGAGUGUAUAGCACAGGGUUUUGUGACAUCUGGAUGGGUUUAUUCCACACCUGCACACACACAACCAUGAGCAGUAGAAGCCCUUUUCCAGUCCAGGUCUGAAGAACUGUCCCUGCAGUAUCUGCAUCCAGCUCAGCCCUAAACCCGACUUACACCAGUGCAACCUAAAGAACUGUUGCCCCCUCACAUAAGCCUAAACAUUGGGAGUCUCAGAUGCAAAGGCACUCCUUGACUUUAACACCAGUGACUCAGUGUAUUUCUGAGCCCAGCUGAUUUUUGACUAGAAAAUUAAAAAAGAAAAUCUGCUAAACAAGAAAUGACAUCCAGUGAACUUUCUAAUAUUAAAAUAUAACAACCUAUCUAGAGUGUGUCAAAUUCAGCUUUUGAUGAUAAGUGCGUUUUUUACUAAAAGGCUUUGAAUGGGUUUGUAUCUUUUAUGACAAUCAGGUCAAAUCCAAACAUUUUGUCUGCAACAAGGCAGUUUAGAUACUUUUUAUUGUUUUGGGCUGAUUGGAAAUUAAUUUUUUAUAUUUUUGGCACAUUUCUUUUAAUAAAUUUAAGGACGCACUCAAUGAGGAGUUUCGCACAAAAUACACACCCAUGUUUUCUGGUGGAACCAGUCGAGGUUUAAUUACACUGAGUUGAGCUCAUUCAAAUGGGCCCCAGGGCCAACCUGCAGACUCCUGAUGUAGAUGGUGGACUUUGAAGCAUUUGUGCUUCCGGAGGAGGGGACUGAG